AUGGCGAAGGCUCUGGAUCCUCUGGUUGUUGGGAGAGUGAUAGGAGAGGUCCUGGACUCCUUCAACCCCACCGUGAAGAUGAUCAUAGCCUACAACUCCAACAAGCUGGUCUUCAAUGGCCACGAGUUCUUCCCCUCCGCAGUGACCUCCAGGCCUAGGGUUGAGAUCCAGGGAGGCGACAUGAGGUCCUUCUUUACACUGGUGCACUCUCCAACCCUUUCUCUCUCCCUCUCUUUCGGUCUCUAUCUCUCUCUCUCUUUCAUUCUCUCUCUCUCUCUCUCUCUCUCUGAGUUGCAGGUAAUGAUAGACCCCGACGCCCCAGGCCCCAGUGACCCAUACCUCAGGGAGCGUCUUCACUGGUAACAACUCUAACAUGACUUCGUCAUCCACGACGUGGUGGCAACUCGUGGAGAUUGGCGCAUAUGCUUUGCAUCAUUCGCGCAUGUAGUGCGCAAUAUCAAGAUAUAUAUAUCUAAACAUUAAAAUGGGUGCUGUUGCAGGAUUGUGACGGACAUCCCGGGCACCACCGAUUCUUCCUUUGGUGGGUCAUCUUCCUCCUUGAAGACUGCGACGUAGAGAGAGAGAGCCAGAGAGAGUUGGUUAGUUUAUGUGGUAUAGUGAGGGGUUUUUGACGGUAGUCUUUGCCCUGUGUUUUCGGGGAGCAGGUAGGGAGGUGGUAAGCUACGAGAGCCCGAGGCCGAACAUCGGCAUCCACAGGUACGUGUUCGUGCUCUUCAAGCAGAAGCGGCGGCAAUCGGUGACGGCGCCGCCAUCCAGGGAUCGCUUCUCCACCCGUCGCUUCGCGGCCGAGAACGAGCUCGCCCUCCCCGUCGCCGCCGUCUACUUCAACGCCCAGCGGGAAACCGCCUCCAGGAGGCGCUAG